GAUGAAUUCUAUGGAAAUCAUGUUUGUGUCCCGCUGAGACCCGGACGUGGAUCCGGGCCCGACUAAGCGGUACCUAUGUUUAACUGACCGCAUGUCAUGUGUAGGUGCCUUCCAACACGACGGCCGUUUCGAACAAAGCGGGAACCGUGAAGUCUACCACGGCAACAUCAGGCAGACCACCCAAACGACCAGCCCCAGACUCUCCUACACUUUCGACUGUCACCAAAGCCGAUCCGUUAAAGCGUCCAAAAACUACCACCGCGAUGUCGCUAACCGCAAAAUCUUUCGAUUCGACCAAAACCUCGAAACCCGUCGUUCGUCAGACUUUGAACCCUCGUCUGAUACAACGGUCGCCGGCACCUCACGGCCAACGGCUCCAGUAUCUGCAGAUCUUACAGACAGAGCUCACCCGUCUCUCUGGUAAUCCUAAAGGAGACGCCGCGACUCAGGCGAUCAUUUGCAAGUGUCUGGAUCUGGAGGAAGAUAUUGCGUUGAAGAAAAGGGAGAUAUAUCGUCAGGCGAUGGGCAAGCUGUGCAUGCGAUACAAGAAGGCGACAAUGGAAGACUACAAGAAGGAGCUGGAUGAGGAGAGGGUGAAGGCCACACCCGCGCCCGUCGUCUCACCGACAAGCAAAGCUGGUCUGGAGAAUGCGAAGCUGCCACUUGAUACUGGUCUCCCAAAGCCCACUGAAUUAACCCGUCUGCGCGAUUUCGUUGUCGGUGUCGAAACUCUCAAGAAGCAUAGUUACAUACUCACCCCCCCAACAGCUGCCGAGAUCGAGCAAGCCCGUGCGGGUGUCGAAGCCGCGGGCGGAUAUGAAACUUGCGAGCGCUGCACCCAACGUUUUCAGGUCUUCCCCGGCCGACGGAUAAGCGAUGGUGCCCUCACAACCGGCGGAACAUGUACCUACCACCACGGACGUAAAGCCGGACCCCGAUCGACCCCUGGCACGAUCUCCGAGGCGAAGUGGACAUGCUGCGGCGGUGUGGUCGGAUUCCAUAAUGGCUGUGAGACUGCUCCAACACACGUGUUCAAAGUCACGGAUCCAAAGCGACUGGCCCUCCAACUUCCCUUCAGCAAGACACCCCCGAAUCCUAACAUUAAAACCGAACGGGCCCUUGCUCUGGAUUGCGAAAUGUCGUACACUACGCACGGAAUGGAGCUGACACGAAUAACUGCAACUGCUUUUCCAAGCGGCAAGAUCGUCAUCGACGCGCUCGUGAAGCCAUACGGCGUUGUAUUGGACUUCAACACCCGCUUCUCCGGCGUAUCCUCGGAAAUGCUCACCUCAGCAUCACCAUGGCGCCCCACCGCCCCAUAUCCCGAUGUUUCCAGUACCGAGCUGAUCAACCCAACCACUCACUCGCCCCCGGAGAAACUGGGAAUCUUCGCAUCGCCCUCGCAAGCCAGGAAAGCGUUGUACCACUACAUCGGCCCGAACACAAUCUUAAUCGGCCAUGCGCUCGAAAAUGACCUGCUGCACCUCCGAAUGUGCCACGAGGCUAUUGUCGACACCGCCGUGCUGUUCCCACACAACAGGGGCCUCCCCAUGCGCAAUAAACUGAAGUACAUUGUGCAGCACUUCCUGGGGAGGGAGAUCCAGGUCGAUGGUGGAGACUCGGGGCUCAAGGGCCAUGAUUCUGCCAUCGAUGCUCGAUGUGCCGCUGAGCUGUGCCGUUAUAGGAUCAAAGAGGCGGAGGAGAAGCAGAAGGUUUAAUCAUUAGAAUACCUACCAUGAUGGUGAUGAACGAGCAUACUCUUUUCUUGUGCAUAUAUUCUUUUUUCUUUCGUUUGCUUUUAAUUUGUGCUGUUUGUACUAUACCUAUUGUAUGAGCAAGAGGAUCAGGAGGGCGUUCUCUUUUAGAGCGGGGUUUUUGGCUGUUUGGAUGGAUGAUAUAGCUGGUCUGCUCUUGCAUCUGGGUUGGGAGUUUCUGUUUGGUUUGGAUGGAUGGAUGCUGACGAAUGAGACGUGUUGAUGUUAACAUUCUGCUGUGAUGUUAUGAUCCUCCUGGCGAAUAGCGUGUGAGUGCUCAUUACAGGUACAUAAUACAUAUUCUU